AUGAGGCCCACCAAUCACCUCUCGAAUCCUUCCUCCCACCCACACGUACCCGAUGAAACCACAACAACAACACAAACAACACCACCACACGUAUCUCAGGACACUUCACAUCGCCAUUCUCACUCCAACACAUCCAAACAUUUGUACACUUAUCAUUUUAACACUUCAAAGAUUCCACACUCUCUCCGAUUGACGUAUCGAUCUCGAGCAAAAGCGUACUUGAAACAAAAUGGCUAUUUUGUGGACAUGGAAAUAUUUCAGGUUGUCUCUUCCAUAUUGUUUUUCUUUGUAUUCAUUGCUGAAUUGAUUUGUAAUAUGAAAUUAACACAAAACCCAACCAAUCGAGGACGAAUCAUGAUCUCUGGAUUUUAUUUUGUGGACUUGGCAUUGUGUUUAGGUGUUUUGGUCAUGUUAUUGAUUGGAUUAUUAGUGGCCAAACACAAAAAGCGUUUCAUCCUUCAACUCUCUUCUCUCAUUGACAUUUUUACCAUUGUUCCAUUGAUUCCCUUACUCGUGUAUGCCAUUGUGAAAUUAUUUUUGAUUGGAGGUUUUAAUUCACAGAUAUUUUACCGAAAUGAUGGGUUGGACGUUAACAUGUUUAGUAUUUCGAUUGUCAUUGGAUUCUUUCGAUUAUUAAGGUUGAUUCGAAUAUUAUUUGUGUUGACCUGGAAGAAGAAUAUUCUCAACUACAUGUUUGAAAAUUCGUUUGGAUUUGGUCCUUCCCUACAGGUGCAAGUUGUGACUUUGAUUCUUAUUGUAAUUAUACUCUUGCUAUUCUUUUCUGGAACCUUUCAUUUGAUUGAAUUUCUUUUUGGAACGGCAGUUCUUGGAAUGUUGGAUAGUAUUUAUUUCAUGGUCAUCACCAUGGCAACCAUAGGAUAUGGAGAUAUUACACCAACCUCAAUGGUUGGAAAAUAUUGGUCCAUCUUUUGCUUUCUUGUGGGUGUCACAGUCAUUCCCUAUCACUUGUCGGCAUUGUUAAAAUUAGGAACAAGUGAAACAGCCCUUUUCAGAGCCAAGCAUGGAAAUUUAAAGAAUCACAUCAUUGUGAGUGGUUAUUUCGAAAAAGAGAAUAUCAUUGAUUUUCUCAGAGAAUUUUAUCAUUCCAUGCAUGGAAAAAACAAUAAGAAAGCACUCAUUGUUUCUCGAAAUAAGGAGUUAAUUCAAGCAAUCAAAGAUGAUAUUUCUCGAAGACAUUUCCUUUCACAACGUGUUCUUUGCUAUACUGGAGAUUUGUUAGAUUAUGACACUUCAAAAUUACUUCGAGUUCAUCAAGCACAUUCUGUGUUUUUUCUCAAUUGUACCGCAAGUCCAAAUCCAAGAUUGAAUGACACUUCAAUCAUGAUGUCCACCAUUGCCAUCAAGAAUAUUAAUCGUAAUAUUGAAGUUUAUGCUCAAGUCACUCUCCCAGAAUCCAGAUAUUAUCUCUACAAUUCAGGAGCUAAAGUAGUGGUCUGUACGGAAAUGCUCUCCAGUAAGCUUGCUGGAAUGAAUGUCUUGUAUCAUGGUUUCAGUACCAUGGUCAUUAACUUGGUGAGCACUUUGUACAUUCAACAAUCGUUGGAAGUAUUUAAGGAACAUGUGCAAAAACAUGCCAAAGGUUUUGGAUUUUCAAAAUAUUGGAAACGAAGACAUCAAUCUGGCAGUGGCAGCAAUGGCGGUGGUGAAGAACUUUCCGAGGAGGAGAAGAAACACAUCGAUUCUGAAUGGCUCUAUGAAUAUUUUGAUGGUUAUGGACAUGAAAUUUACUCAGUCUCAUUCUCUCCAUAUUUCAAUGGAAUGAAAUUUAUUGACGUGGCAAUCUUUCUCAGAGAACAAUUUGAUAUCACACUUUUUGCGUUGGAAUUUAUCCCUGCAGAGAGUAAUGGAAAUUCUGGACAGAAUGCAAUGAGAGGACAACCUCCUUCUUCGUCAUCCUCUUCGUCAUUUGUUUCUAAAGCUACUGUGGAAUUGAAUCCAAGUGAUCAUGUCAUUGAUGUGAAUGUAUGUAAGGCAUUUGUCAUUGCACAAAGUGCCUUUCAUGCCAAUUUGGUGUAUUUAUUUGAAAAUGCCAAUGCGAAUGAUGAAAGUUCAACCACCUCAGAAAAGACAGAAAGAGAAGCAACAACAGGGGAGAUGGGUGUGACACCUCCACUUCAUUCAGAGACACUACCACAUCAACUUGUGACUUUGAAUCGACAACAACCACAUGAACAUGAUCAUUUUGUUGAGACAGCAGAAUCUGAAGACAAUGAUCAGAGUAUUUUAAGUGGACAAUCAAUAGCAAUGAAUGGACUUGACAAACCCACGUUGGAUAUGCUUGGAUCGUAUGAAUCUUUCUAUGUGAAUGAAGAGAAUGAUUUUGAAAAUAUUGAUCAACCGAAUGAAGUCAUGACCGCGAACCUUAAAAAAAGAGGAAAACGAAAAAAGACGAGAGUUGACACUUCCAUUCAUGGUGAAGAAAGUGAUUCCUCAGGCAAUGAAGAAGAUGAAACAGAAUCGGUUCGAUCUCUUGAUUCCAUGUUAACAAAACCUCCUCUUGAUUUUGAAAAUUUGAAAAACUAUUCUGAGCUUGAAUUGAACUUAACAUUCAUUCAUCGAUUGUUUAGAAGUGUUGCACCAAGUUCCUACUUUAUGACACGAGAUUCAAGAGAGGAUAAGAAAUCUUUUGACGAUUUUUGCAAAAACAUGAUGCGAAAUUAUAACUUGCUAUUAAGUGCGAGGCCAAAAGAGGAUUUCAUUGUGGAUUCAGCCGAAUCGGUUCACCUUAGAAAACACAUUAUUGUAACUGGUGAAAUCAAAUACCCAUUGGUCAUUGUUGCAACUGUUCGUUCCUUGAGAAGACGACACUUUAUUCCAAUAUUAAUUGUCGUCUCUAAAAAAGUACAAGGAACAAGCAUGAUCGAUAGUCCUUAUGUGGAUUUCUUAUAUGAAAGACUCAAGUUUUUUGACAAAGUUUUUCUAAUGAGAGGAAGUCCAACAGAUUUGUUUGAUUUACAACGAGCGGGUAUUACCAAUUGUGAAACAAUUGUGUAUUUAUCACGACCUUCCAGCGGAGGUUCUAGUGCUGCUUAUAGUGAGAUGGUUUUAGCUGAUACAAACACUUCUAAUCUUGUUUCUUCAAACAUGUCACGAUUCUCAGAUGAUUUUCUAAAUUCUAAAGAUUACUUUCGAGAUGCUGAGGCAGUCAAGAUUGUGGUUGCCAUGAGUUACAUUGAUCCUAGAAAGUUCUUUGUUUUGGAGUUGAACAACACGAAGAAUAUUAAAUUUCUCAAACAAAUUGGUGGAAUUUUCACAGCACGCUAUGGAAAUGAUUUGGAUGUGAUGCUCAAGAUUUUUCAAAGUGUGACAUCCAUGUCAGCAUUUGAAGAUCCCUUAUAUAGAAUUGGAGAGAUUUUGGAUGAGUAUAAUGAAUUUUGUUUGCUAUCAGAAUUAUACUCUAGUGGUCGAAUUAUUCCAGUUAGUUUCAUUUCCAAAUUGCUAGCUCAAUCGUUCUAUACGGAAAAGUUGAAUGAUUUGGUGGAACAAAUGUGUAUUGACGGAGUUUGUUCCUCGAGUAGAAGUUCAAUAUUUCAAGAAUCAUGUCCCGAAUUGAGUUUCGGAAUGUCGGUGGGUACUCUUUUUGUUGAGUUAUGCAGAAAAGCUGGCUUGAUUUUGUUGGCUCUUUACCGACCAAAAUACUUUCUUAGUGAUCAAGAUUCUAGUAAAACAGUUGAUGAAGAUUUCUACUAUGUCUAUACACAUCCGAGACCGAAUACAGUGCUGCAGAAAGGGGAUAUUAUGUUUUUGUGCGGAAGAAAGAGUCAAUAUAUUGAAUUCAUCAAAAGUUUUCAUCCAAAGACACCUUGGCGCUCUGCCUCUGCAGCCUUUGUCAUUCCUGCUGCAGUCUCGACAUUCAGUAGCGUUAUUAAUAUUCCAGAAGAAGUAUCACCUGUUGUAGGUGGUCACGAAUUGCUCACUCGACGAAGUUUUGAUACCUUCAUGUCGAAACACAAAUCAGGAAUUAUUCCAACAAGCCUGAACAUUGAGAAGAAAUAA